AUGAAUGAAGAAUGCCACAAUGCUCUUCUGAAACUUCUUGGCCGAUUGACGCGCCAGGAAACUGCUGAUCCUUUCUUGGAACCAGUGGACCCUGUUGAGAUGGGAAUAUUAGAUUACUUCAACGUUGUCAAGAGCCCGAUGGAUCUGGGGACCAUUGACUCAAAUCUUGAGCACAAUCUCUAUUCGUCUCCUCUCGAGGUACUUGAAGAUGUCCUUCACAUGCUGGACAAUGCUGUGCUCUACAACAAGCCUGGAGAUGCCGUAGUGAAGCAAGCGGCGGCAAUGAAGACAAAAUUCAUAUCUCUCGUGAAUGGCUCAGAGGUUCGACUUGAAUCGUCGCCCUCCUCUCAUCUUCUCUUCUCUCGCACCCUGGCCUCCAUGAGUUGCUGA